AGAAGAAGAAGAAAACAUAACCUUUGUUUGGUUUUGUUAUUUAAUUUUGGUUAAUCAAAACAUCCUCGCUUAUCUUGCUUUGCCACGAAAUUGGAAGAAAAAAGUAGAAAAAAAAUAUUUGAGUACACACCUAAUUAGCGGCCGCGAGUCAUGAGCUCGGCAUCUUCUGUACAGGAAUAGACAACAAAAAAUUGAACAAUCAAAGCAAGUAAGGAAAGUAAUUCCCCACUCAGAACGUUCCCGUUGUGAAGAUUAUGGUCAGUCUUAUUAGAAACUUCGGCUCGAAUACGGGAGGACGUUUCUUUGACGACUCAUCGACUAGAAUGGAUGACCACGGGGGACAUCACACGAUGCUGGAUCCGAUUCUGGCCACCGAGGACGAUGAUGGCUUUCGACCGCUCAAGACGGUUCCAGCAUUUAGUGUUCAUCUGCUGAUAUCCAGUUGCAUUUCGUUGACCGGAAUCGUCCUGGCAGCGACUUGGGAAGAUAGUCGACGGUGUGAGGCUUACUUUAUAAUGCUGUACUUACGCGCUGCCUUCUGGUUGAUUACUUUCCUAUUCGAUCAGCUAGUCCAUCGGCGACAUGAACAGCUACGGUUGGAUGGAUACCACGAUUUCCACCGGUCGACGACCAAGCACAAGUCGAUCCCGCUGCAGAUUGUUUCUCUAUGGAAUACCUUCCUGCUAGCUAUCCAGGCGCUCAUUCAACACUACUAUGGGGAUCACUUUGCCGAAAAAUGUAUCAUAGUGGGUUGGCUGUCGCCGAUCGUGUACGUUACAUUAUUUUGUUCGAUGGAAACGCUCACCCUGUCCCUAGUCAACGGAACCUAUAUUGCUAAAGUUGUUCGAUUCAAUCGUGCAGCCGCGCCACCGGAUGCCCUCCAGGGAUGCCGAGGACACAGUGGAGGAUCACUGGGGCUAACUCAGCAUGGUCUUAGCACAACCGAACUGCUCGAGAAGCAGGCCGACCUGAUAAACUAUCUGAAGGAUCACAACCUGAAGUUGAACCAAAAGAUCAUGCAAAUGAAUGCCCAAGUGCGCACCGUCACCUUCCCGGGAUAGAAUUUUACAUCUGGUAUCUGAUGGUUCAGGAGGGCCGACAUCGAAAGGUAAACUAAGUUAUUUUGUUGUUUUAUUACUUUUGAAAACAAUCCAAAAUCAUAACAUAUUCGACUAAAUAUUUCCAUUACUUUCUGUAGUCAUUUUUUCGUGUAGAAUUUAUUUUCAUUUCUUUAUCAUAGAAUCAAAGAAAACGGGACUGAUAAAUAAGUGAGGUUUAGAAAAACGAACGAUUGGCAAAGUAUUAUCUGAUAAUAACAAAAAUAAAUUAGACAAACAAAAUAUUAAGGGAGGGAACUAAAUAUUGGUUCGAAAGCAACAGAAAAGCAGGGAGCUCAAGAAAAAUUGUUAACUUUAAAAGUCCUAAUAGAUAGCAGAGUGUGUAAAAACACCUUUGGUCUACUUAAGGCGUUGUUUUGCUUUCUAACAAUAAUUUGUAGAUUACAUUAUAAAUAGAUCACCAAGUUUUCUAUGGA